AAUCUAUUUGAUUCACAAUGUAUAAUGCAGGUAGGGAGUUGGCUGGAAGCAUUGUCAAAGAGAAACUUGCAGCAUGUGUAAACAUAGUCCCAGAAAAUAGGUUGUUUCUAUCUGCUCUGCAGAUCAACACAGAUCCCGAGGAGUUGCUGAUAAUCAAGACAAGGCAAUCCCUCCUGCCAGCACUCACAGAACAUGUCAAUGCAAAUCACGAAUAUGAUGUACCAGAAGUUAUUGCCUUACCCAUCAAUGGUGGCAGCCCCCAGUGUCCAGAAUGGCUUAAUAACAGCAUAAGGGAUUGAAUCUCUCGGGUCUAGU